CUGAACCAGCUACAGACCAACUCCAACACCCUGACCAAAGAGAGAGACCAGCUACAGACCAGCUACAACACCCUGACUGAAGAGAGAGACCAGCUACAGACAAGUUCCAACACCCUGACCAAAGAGAGAGACCAGCUACAGACCAACUACAACACCCUGACCAAAGAGAGAGACCAGCUACAGACCAGUAACAACACCCUUACUGCAGAAAGAGACCAGCUGCAGACCAAUUAUAACACCCUGACCAAACAGAGAGACCAGCUAGAGACCAGCUGCAACACCCUGACCAAAGAGAGAGACCAGAUACAGACCAGUAACAACACUGAAGAAAGAGACCAGCUACAAAAAGAGACAGAAUGUCUGAAACAAUCUUUAGUUCAGAAAGUGUGUCCGGAAGGAUGGAAGAAGCUUGGUAGCAGUUGUUACUACGUCUCUACUAAGACAAAAUCCUGGGAGGAGAGCAGACAGGACUGCAGAGAUAGAGGAGCAAACCUGGUGGUCAUCAAGAGCGAAGACGAUCAGACAUUUGUCAAUUGGUUAUGCGGGGUAAAGAACUACGUCUGGAUUGGUCUGACUGACUCUGUUUCUGAGGGGACCUGGAAAUGGGUGGACGACACACCACUGACCACAAAGUAUUGGAACAGUGGACAGCCUGAUUCUGUGUUGUUUCUUCUACAGGUAUUGGAACAGUGGACAGUCUGAUUCUGUGUUGUUUCUUCUACAGGUAUUGGAACAGUGGACAGCCUGAUUCUGUGUUGUUUCUUCUACAGGUAUUGGAACAGUGGACAGCCUGAUUCUGUGUUGUUUCUUCUACAGGUAUUGGAACAGUGGACAGCCUGAUUCUGUGUUGUUUCUUCUACAGGUAUUGGAACAGUGGACAGCCUGAUUCUGUGUUGUUUCUUCUACAGGUAUUGGAACAGUAAAGAGCCUGACGGUGGUGGAGCAGAGAACUGUGUGUAUUUCUACUCUUGGUCAUCAGACACAGGAGAAUGGUGGGACUAUUACUGUUACUAUAAAUUCAGAUGGAUCUGUGAGAAAUAGGAUUCAUCCUCGGUACUCUCUGAACUGCUCAAUAAGAUUAUGCUCAGUACUGUGAAUCGUAAACUAUUUUCUGCUUAUUCAAUUUACCUUGUCAAGAACAUACAAUAUAUAACAAGACAAAUGUAGAAUACAUUAUAAUAAAACUAUAUGCAAUAACAAUACAAUGACUUGAUAAGAGAAGGACUGUUCUGUCUGUUGUUGAGGAAAUUCACCACGAAGGACUCAAAUUCAAAGGAAAUCAAUAUGUAUUAUUGUAAGUCAGCAUUUCACGGUAAAGUCUACACUUGUUGUAUUCGGAGCACGUGACAAAUAAAGUUUCAUUUGAUUUGA